CUGUUCCUGACCGGUUCGUGGCGGCAGAAGCAGCAGUAAAACUAAAACUUGUUGGGUUCUCUUCUUUACCUGGAGAGAAUCUAAAUAAAGUUGGAGUCUUUUUUUCCAAAUCAAACCCAUCUUCACACUUAUUAGUUGCAAUUGAAACGCUGACAUGGCUUCGACACUGUUCUCCAGAACCUUUCUGUCUGCAAGCCACCGCUUGAUCACUCCUUCUCUUCUCCCCCAAAAGACAACCCUUAAUCUCCCCUCCUUUCUUACUAGGAGAGGGUUCUACUCUCAGUUAGGCUUUUCCUCUACAGCUUAUAGAUCAGCUCGAGCUAUGGCUUCUACUGUGAGUGGGGCAAGAGCAGGCUACUCGACUUCAUCUGUACCAACUAAUGAGCCUGUUGUUUCUGUCGAUUGGCUCCAUUCUAAUCUUAGAGAGCCUGAUUUGAAGGUAUUGGAUGCGUCAUGGUACAUGCCAGAUGAGCAGAGGAAUCCCAUCCAAGAAUAUCAGGUUGCUCAUAUCCCCGGUGCUCUCUUCUUUGAUUUGGAUGGAAUAUCAGAUCGAUCAACAAGUUUGCCACAUAUGUUGCCGUCUGAGGAAGCUUUUGCUGCUGGUUGCUCUGCUCUUGGAAUUGAGAACAAGGACGGAGUGGUUGUUUAUGAUGCAAAGGGUGUCUUUAGUGCAGCUCGUGUGUGGUGGAUGUUCCGAGUUUUCGGGCAUGACAAAGUGUGGGUGCUGGAUGGAGGACUACCGAGAUGGCGUGCUUCAGGUUACGAUGUUGAAUCUAGUGCAUCAGGUGAUGCUAUUUUGAAAGCAAGCGCUGCAAGUGAGGCUAUAGAGAAAAUAUACCAAGGACAUACCGUGAGUCCAAUAACCUUUCAGACCAAGUUCCAGCCGCAUCUAGUGUGGACACUUGAUCAGGUUAAGAACAAUUUGGAGGAUCAAACAUAUCAACACGUAGAUGCACGUUCCAAAGCCAGGUUUGAUGGUACAGCUCCAGAACCCCGUAAGGGAAUAAGAAGUGGUCAUAUCCCUGGAAGCAAGUGUGUCCCUUAUCCUCAGUUGUUUGAUUCUGCUUCUCAAACAAUGUUGCCAGCAGAAGACCUGAAGAAACGAUUUGAACAAGAAGAGAUCUCAUUGGACAAGCCUAUUAUGGCUUCGUGUGGCACUGGGGUAACAGCUUGCAUCCUUGCAAUGGGGCUUCACCGAGUGGGGAAAACUGAUGUGCCAGUCUACGAUGGCUCGUGGACUGAAUGGGCAACACAACCAGACUUGCCCAUGGAAGGGGAGGAUUCUUCUUCGUGAAAUGUAACCGAGGGAAAGGCUAGCAACAAGAUUACUAGCACCAAACACGGAUGAUGUUUUUUCUUUAACUUGAGGAACAUAGCUUGCUUUGAAAUCUGCCUUGAGUAAAAGAGGACUGUGUCUAUAGAACUUUGAUUUUUUUUUUUCCUUUGGAAUAAAGUCAACAAACAGGAAAUUGUUAAUGGUCAUAUGAUUCAUGAAAACAAUUAUGAACAAGCUUUUUUUA